AUUUUUACCGUGUUUAGCAAGUCAUGAGCUCAACAAAAAUAAGCAACCGGAAAAGUGCUUAAAAUAAAUAAACAUAAAACUUUUUCGGAAUUAAAUGAAAUUCCGACAGUAAAUCUUUCAACUUUUAAGGUUUAUCUUACGUAUCAUCAAUAUUCUUUACAGACUGCAUCAAAAUGUUUUCCGACAAAAAGAAAAUUCCUCGGCAGGUUAAAGACCAGUUAACUCCUUUAAUCCAGAAAUUAAUGAAUAUAUGUACUAAUACUAAAGUAUUAAAUAGACAAGCAGAAUGGGAAGAGAUGAAAAACAUUUUUGAACUUUUAAAAAGUGUGCAAGAUAUUGAAGCAAGUUAUAACCCACCACAGUGGGAUCGUAACAAAAACUGGAACGCAUUUUAUGAAUGGUGCAAAGACAAUGAGGCUAUAUUUUCUUCUGUUUUUAUAAAAGAAAUUAAUGAUGGAGAAUUUGGUGUUUUUGCUGAUAAAGAUAUCAAAGAAGACGAACAAUUUUUAUUGAUACCUAGAAAAAUAAUGAUGUCAGAAACCUCUGCUCAAAGUUCCAAACUUGGACCUUUAAUAUCUUCUGAUCCUAUUUUAAAAAAUAUGCCAAACGUACAAGUUUCAAUGCACUUGCUCAUGGAAUCACUAAAUCCAGAGUCAUUCUGGAUGCCAUAUAUUUCUAUUUUACCUUCAAGAUACAAUACAAUACAUUAUUUUACUUUUGAAGAGCUGAAAGACCUUCAAGGAUCUCCUGUAUUAGAGGAAGUAUUUCAAAUAUUCCGCAGUAUUGUGAGGCAGUAUUGUUACUUUUUCCUUCUUUUUCAAAAAGAUACAUUGGCAGAUUCUUUGAACAUUGGACCUUACUUUACUUAUGAGUUAUAUAGGUGGGCUGUUUCAAGUGUUAUGACUAGACAAAAUAUAAUACCUACAACUGAAGAUGGUCAUAUGUCUAUAUCUUUGAUACCCCUUUUUGACAUGUGUAAUCAUGCUAAUGGAAAACUUUCUACUGAUUUCAAUUUGGAGAAGGAUUCUCUUGUGUCAUAUUCAUUCAAGGCUUUUUCUAAAGGUGAUCAGGUGUUUAUGUUUUAUGGUCCUAGAACUAAUGGGGAAUUUUUUGUGCACAAUGGAUUUGUUUAUACUGAAAAUGAAAAUGAUGCUAUUGAAAUCAAGCUAGGAAUAAGCAAAAACGAUCCUCUUCAUUCUUUAAAAUGCAGUGUCUGUGAUAAAUUAAAUCUUUCAGUAAAUGGACCUUAUUUUCUCUAUCCUGUAAGAGAAAUUUUGGAAGAGCUUCUAUCAUUUGUAAAAAUUAAUGUCAUGAAAUCAGAGGAGCUGGAGAAAAUUCUUAAUGGUGAUAAAGAGCAAAUUGAUGCCCUUUUAUCUGAAAAUUCUGAUCUCAAAAAUAGAGCUUACUCAUUCUUGAGGGAUAGGUUAUUCCUUUUACUAAGAUCUUACAAAACUACAUUGGAGGAAGAUGAAGAAUUUUUAAAACAAGAUACAUUUGAAUCUAUGCAUCAACAUAUUGCGAUAUUGUUACGUUUGAGUGAGAAGAAGAUACUUAAAACCUCCCAUGACUAUUGUGUUAGCCAACUCAAAGAACUGUAAAGUUUCUCAUUUUCAGUUUAUAGCAUGAUCUAUCCAGAGAUUAUUUACUGUUUUAAUAACAUAGUACUUAAAUGAUAGCUAUUAAUAUUUUUAUAUCUCUUUAUACUAAUCAAUUUUAGUUUCGUAAGUGUGAUUUUAUGUGUUUGCAUUUUAUCUGUGUAUUGCUUACUUUUUUUUUUUAAAGAAUACUAAAUAUGUUUCUGCUCACUUACUCUGUUUUGUGUUACCUGUUCAAAGUGAUUUUUUUCAUGAACAAAAAGUGAACUUGUUAAAUUACCAUAACCAAAUAAAUUUAUUUAUUUAUCUUACCAAAAUCAGUUUUAAAGUAUUAAAUUAAUUGCAUCUUAGUGUUGAAAUUUAUCGCCUAUAAGGAAUUCAAUAGCACAAUUUUUAAUAUUAAAAAUGAUUUAUUAUUUACAAGGGGGAAAAGAAAAUGAGUAAUUUCUUAUUUAAUCUGACAUAAAAAGCAUUAACCUUUUUUUGUUACUCGUUGUUAUAAAAAAUUAUUUUUAAAUUUAAUGAUAUAUUUUUAUAUUGGAUGUUAUUGGACAUUUUAAUUUUUGAUGUAAAAUAUAUAUUUUUUAAUUCAUCAUUUUUUUUAAUUUCUUUAUUUUUUUUAAUUCAUCGUUUACAUAAUCUGAUGGUAAGCAGUAUUUAGAAGAUACCAAAAAACAUUUUUUAAGUAGUGUUGCAUCCUCAAUGGAGACUUGAGUACUUGUUGUAUUUUCUUUUUUUUUCCUUCUUUUUUUUUUUGGAAAAAAUAAACUAUUGUUAUAAAAGGGAUAAAUUUUAAAAAAUUAUAUGACUUUUUUAGAAUUAUGUCUUUCAUAAAUAUUUAUGUCUAAAAUAAAAAUAAAUGAACAACUGCAUGUUAAGCUCUAGAAUAUUAGAAAUGGUCAUUUUGACGUUUCAUUUGAAUGAAUUCAUAUGAAAACAUUCAUUAUUUAACAUUUCUUUAAAAUUUCGUCUCUCUAAGCAUUGAGCCCCUGGGCAAAUUAGUACUGAAAUGUUCCUUUCUACACACUACUUUAUCUUUAAAUGUAAAGAAAAAAAAAAUUUUUUUUUCUUCAUGGAAUAGCUUGCAAUUUAACUUCAAAAAUAUCCAGGACUAACACUGAGAGGGUUGUAAAAAUUUUUUUAAACAUAUAUCCUUCGAUAUUAAUUUGUUAUUAAGGUAAUUAAAAUGAGGUGCUCCUUUUAAAUCUGGAAAUUCUUUUGCCUCUCAAGUAUCAACUUCCUUUUUUCUAAUAUAAAAUAUUAUUCUGAUGCAAUUAAAAAAAAUUCUCUUAGAAUUUUGUAGUUAUUGCCAAACAAUUU